CCGCGGCCCCGAGGCACACUCUGGCAGACUUGGCGGCCGUGAGGGCCGGGGUGGACAGGACAGCUUGCGCAGGCGCGGAGCUGGACCUCGCUGCAGCCUGCCCCCCCCCCGCCCCUCCCCGCCCCGUCGCCUCGGGGAGUCGCGCACCCAGCCGAGUCCGCCCGCCGGCCCGUCAGAGCUCUUUCCUCUCGUCCGCCCGCCCGGGUUCCCCUCGCGCUCUAACGCGCCGGGAUGGCGGAGCUGCGGCCUAGUGGCUCCCCCGGCCCCUCCGCGCCUCCGGCCCCCGGCCCUACUGCCCCUCCGGCCUUCGCCUCGCUCUUCCCCCCGGGACUGCACGCCAUCUACGGAGAGUGCCGCCGCCUCUACCCGGACCAGCCGAACCCGCUCCAGGUUACCGCUAUCGUCAAGUAUUGGUUGGGUGGCCCAGACCCUUUGGACUAUGUUAGCAUGUACAGGAACGUGGGGAGCCCUUCUGCCAACAUCCCCGAGCACUGGCACUACAUCAGCUUCGGCCUGAGCGAUCUCUAUGGCGACAACAGAGUCCACGAGUUUACAGGAACAGAUGGACCUAGCGGUUUUGGCUUUGAGUUAACAUUUCGUCUGAAGAGAGAAACAGGGGAGUCUGCCCCACCAACGUGGCCAGCAGAGCUAAUGCAGGGGCUGGCCCGAUACGUGUUCCAGUCAGAGAACACUUUCUGCAGUGGGGACCACGUGUCUUGGCACAGCCCCUUGGAUAACAGUGAAUCAAGAAUUCAGCACAUGCUGCUCACAGAGGACCCGCAGAUGCAGCCCGUGCAGACACCCUUUGGGGUGGUCACCUUCCUCCAGAUUGUUGGUGUCUGCACUGAAGAGCUGCACUCAGCCCAACAGUGGAACGGGCAGGGCAUCCUGGAGCUGCUGCGGACUGUGCCUGUCGCUGGCGGCCCCUGGCUGAUAACUGACAUGCGGAGGGGAGAGACCAUAUUUGAGAUCGAUCCACACCUGCAACAGGAGAGAGUUGACAAAGGCAUCGAGACAGACGGCUCCAACCUGAGUGGAGUCAGUGCCAAGUGUGCCUGGGAUGACCUGAGCCGGCCCCCCGAGGACGACGAAGACAGCCGGAGCAUCUGCAUCGGCACACAGCCCCGGCGGCUGUCUGGCAAAGACACUGAGCAGAUCCGAGAGACCCUGAGGAGAGGACUCGAGAUCAACAGCAAACCCGUCCUUCCACCCAUCAACCCUCAGCGGCAGAAUGGCCUCACCCACGACCGGGCCCCGAGCCGCAAAGACAGCCUGGAAAGUGACAGCUCCACAGCCAUUAUUCCCCAUGAGCUGAUCCGCACUCGGCAGCUGGAGAGCGUGCAUCUGAAGUUCAACCAGGAGUCAGGCGCCCUCAUUCCUCUCUGCCUAAGGGGCAGGCUCCUGCAUGGACGGCACUUUACGUAUAAAAGCAUCACAGGUGAUAUGGCCAUCACCUUUGUCUCCACGGGAGUGGAAGGCGCCUUUGCCACCGAGGAGCAUCCUUAUGCAGCCCAUGGACCCUGGUUGCAAAUCCUGUUGACUGAAGAAUUUGUAGAGAAAAUGUUGGAGGACUUAGAAGAUUUGACUUCUCCAGAGGAAUGCAAACUUCCCAAGGAAUACAGCUGGCCUGAAAAGAAGCUCAAAGUCUCCAUCCUGCCAGACGUGGUGUUCGACAGUCCACUGCACUAGCCUGGGCUGGGCCCUGAGGGCCAACGACUGCAGAUGGGAAGCCCAGCUGACUUCCAGUUGCAUAAAGGCGAUUCCCUCAAAUAAAGGACAAGUGUGAGGAUGACUGCACAGCCACUGCGCCUGCAACCCAGGGGGACACUGCACAGGCCACAGGCCCCACCUCACUGCUGGGUCAGGGCACAGGAUGAUGCAACCCUGGUUGCCUACUGCCACUGCAGAUCAUGGUUUGAGAUUUGACUGUGGACCCUUGGUGCCCUGAAUGGCACAGGCAUCAUAGUCAUCCAUUCACUGCCCACAGUGUGGCAGGAGGACAUGCAGGGAUGUGCGCCAGCUCAGCUCUGGGAGCCUCUGCUAGACCUGCUCCUCUGACCACAGAACAUUCCUCUCCUCAUGUUUGCUUUGCUUUUUCCUUAUUUUAUUUUGUAGAAACCGGGUGGUACUUCAUUGCCAUACACAGAUGUCCAGAGGCCAUUAUAUGAUGUUUUUUAAACAGAACUUUA